CACGGGGAGCGGAAAGAAAACCCUUCCCCCCCUUCUCCCUCUCUCUCUCUCCCGCUCCCGCACGCGUAGAGGGGAAGCGAAAGGGGGUCGGCUUCGACCCGAAUUUGAGCGCUCUCCGCCGCUUUCUCCCCGAUGGGGUCCUCCGUGAGCCACGCCGCCGCCCCGCCCCCGCCCCCUACCGCCGUCGGCCUCGCGGUGGCGCUGCCUCCGAAGCAGGAUGAGAAAGCGGAACCGAAGAAUGUCGACUGGCUGAAUCUCCCCUGCCCCGUUCCCUUCGAGGAGAUCCAGCGAGAGGCAUUGAUGUCCUUGAAGCCAGAGCUUUUUGAGGGAUUGAAGUUUGACUUCACAAAAGGGCUAAAUCAGAGAUUUUCACUCAGCCACAGCAUUUUCAUGGGAUCCAUGGAGGUUCCAUCACAGUCUUCUGACACAUUCAAAGUUCCUACUGCACAUUACGAAUUUGGUGCCAACUUUCUUGAUCCAAAGUUGAUGCUUGUUGGAAGGGUACUGACUGAUGGAAGACUAAAUGCACGAGUAAAAUGUGAUCUGACUGAUAAUCUCACUUUGAAGAUAAAUGCUCAGCUCACAAAUGAGCCGCAUUUCUCCCAAGGAAUGUUUAACUUUGAUUACAAGGGAACAGAUUACAGAACUCAGUUUCAAAUAGGAAAUAAUGCCUUCUAUGGUGCCAACUAUAUCCAAAGUAUUUCACCACAUUUAUCCUUGGGUACUGAAAUCUUUUGGCUUGGUCAUCAGAGGAAGUCUGGUAUUGGUUUUGCUGCUCGGUACAACACUGAUAAAAUAGUUGUAACAGGGCAAGUUGCAAGCACUGGAAUUGUUGCACUUAGCUAUGUUCAGAAAGUAUCUGAGAAGGUCUCUCUUGCAUCUGAUUUCAUGUACAAUCAUUUGACACAAGAUGCUACUUCAAGUUUUGGUUAUGAUUACAUUCUUCGACAGUGUCGCUUGAGGGGAAAGCUCGACUCCAAUGGUGUGGUUGCUGCUUUUCUGGAGGAGCGAUUGAACAUGGGUGUGAAUUUUAUUCUUUCCGCAGAGGUUGAUCACCGAAAGAAGGAUUACAAAUUUGGAUUUGGACUGACCGUAGGAGAGUAAAAUUUUCUUGUUCAAUUCCUUGGGAAUCUGAAAUAACUGGUUUUAUGGCGACCACAGUUCCUGGGUGCCUUGCCCUACAAUGGUCCAUGAAUCCUCCAUUUGUGGGCUGCCAAGCUCAUAUGUGCUUGAAUGCUAUUGGAAAGAAAAAAGAACAUCCUUUUUUGUAGUCCCAUGAGUUGGAUUUGAACAGAGAAAAAAGGUUUUGGUAGCCAUUUGGAAA